AUGGUAGCUGAAAUCGAAAAACACGGAGACUAUAUGGACGUGGACGACGAAAAUAAUAACGAUGGCAACAGUACUGAAUCUGCAGACCGACAACCUAUAGAGAUUAACGACGACACGGAGGACAGUAGCGAAGAGGAGGACGAAUAUGUCGUAGAAAAAAUUGUGGAUCAUAAAUUAUUAAAGGGUGGCAAGCUGCAAUAUUUUUUAAAAUGGAAAGGGUAUCCUGAUUCAGAAAAUACAUGGGAAAAAGAGGAAGACGUUUAUGCAAAAGAUUUGAUUGAGGAAUAUUGGAAAAAAAACGGUGGUAAAAAAUCAUCUACUGAAAGAAAAAAGUCAUCCGUUGCUUCUUCCUCAAAGACCACCACAAAAUCCACAACAACAAGAUCAUUUAAAGGUCCACCUACUAUAAUGAGAAAAGUUCAACAACCCAUGAAAAAGCGGAGAAUCCGUCACGCUAUUGAUAGUGAUGAGGAGAUAAGACAAGAGUCUUCAGACGAAGAAUAUCCUCCGCCUGGUUGGACGAAUUGGGAGGAUCACGUCGCCGAAGUCGAGACUGUGGAACGAGAUAAUAAAGAUGGAUCAUUAUUAAUUUAUGUUAAUUGGAAGGACGGGCAUAGAACUGUACAUCCGGCUAGUGAAGUGAAUGUUCGUUGUCCACAAAAGGUUAGAUUGAUUCAUUGA